AUGGAUGCACCUGCAGCUGGCAAGAAGAUGAGCAUAGGAGGAGAGAAAAAGGAGCAGAGGAAAUCAGGUUCUUCCUUCUGGAGAGCCAUGGCGUUGAAGAGCAGAAGCCAGCCAGCAGGAGCAGUAGAGAGCAAGAACAGCAGGAGCGAGAGGAAGAAGACGACGACCACAACGAAAAGGAGUGUCAGCAGCAUUGGCAGGAGCAUGACUUGCCCAGGGUCAAUCUGCGGCACGAAGGAGAGCGCUGUGCUGAGCAGGGAAAGCGAGAGGAAGAAUAGCGGCCGCAAUGUCUCGAGCAGCAGUAGGUCUCUCAAGGCUCCGGACAAUGACAUCAUGUCCGUGCCCGUGGUGGCUUCCGGCGCGGUCGUGUCAGCGUCGUCGUCGUUCAACUCGGAGACCUCGGUGGCUACGACGGCGACCACCGUCAGCUCGUCGUCGUCGUCGUCGUCGUCCGCUCUCUCGUCGCCUCUUUCGUCCAUCGUUGCCGGCUCCAGGUCUUUCAGGAAGCUCUCCGGCUGCUACUACGAGUGCCACUCGGUGCUCGACCCCAGGACAAGCCUCGUCGGCGGCGCCGGCAUGCUCCCCUGCUCCGACUGCGACGAGUUCUUCGUCAAAGCCGACUCCCUCGAGCUCCACCGAGCAACCCGCCAUGCAGUUUCGGAGCUCGGCGCGGAGGACACGAGCAGGAACGUGGUGGAGAUCAUCUUCCAGUCCAGCUGGCUCGUAGGGAAGCCGAGGGCGGCGCCGAUUUGCAGGAUCGAGAGGAUUCUGAAGGUGCACAGCUCCGGCAAGACCGUGGAGAGGUUCGAGCAGUAUAGGGAGCGCGUCAAGGCGAUUGCGGCGAGCAGCACCGAUGAGCUGGCCAGGAGGAGCUUCCCACGGUGCGCCGCCGACGGGAACGAGAUCCUCCGGUUCCACUGCACCACCUUCACGUGCUCCCUCGGCCUCGCCGGUGCCACCUCCCUCUGCCGGUCGUCUCCGCAGCACUGCAAGCUGUGCAGCAUUAUCAGAGACGGCUUCAGGGUCGACGGCGAUGGGAAAAUUGCGACGAUGGCGACAAGCGGACGUGCUCACGACAAGACGCAGACGCCUCUGUCGGGCGGCAGCGGCGGCGGCGAGAAGAGGGCGAUGCUGGUGUGCAGGGUGGUGGCAGGGAGAGUGAAGAAGCUCGUCAACAGCAGCAAUUCUUCAGAGGAGUCUAGCGGUGACAGCGUCAGUUCGUGCUCAGAUUUGGAUGAACUCUCUGUGUUCAACCCAUUGGCUAUACUGCCUUGCUUUGUGGUGAUGUAUACAGUGGCUACUGACAUAAUCACAUAG